GGUCACCGUGUCCGCUGCCGUCGCCGGGAGCCACCUCACCGGGGAACAGGUCACUACUGUUGGCCGUUGUCCAGAAGAGGAAAAGUGGGUCCUGCUACGUUCGGAGCUACCUGGCGCCUCACUGGGCUAGAGCUGGAGAACGAGUCCUGUGGUGGCCACCGGCGUGUGGCGGGACGGGAGCCCCCUUGGAGGGGCAGCCCCCGAGAGAACCUGCCGUGUCCCGAGCGGUCAGCGCCUUCCGAUUCGCGCGACCACAGUUCUGCCGCGACUAGUGGGUAAAAAUAAGUGACUAAAGAAGCAUAUCUGGGAGUCAUCUGACAUGUCGAGGAGAAGAUUUGAUUGUCGAAGUAUUUCAGGAUUGUUAACUACAACUCCUCAAACACCAAUGAGAAUGGAAAACUUUAAUAAUUUUUAUACACUUACAUCUAAAGAGCUGGGAAGAGGAAAAUUUGCUGUGGUUCGACAGUGUAUAUCAAAAUCUACUGGCCAAGAGUAUGCUGCAAAGUUUCUGAAAAAGAGAAGAAGAGGACAGGAUUGUCGAGCAGAGAUUCUGCACGAGAUUGCCAUACUUGAAUUGGCAAAAUCUUGUCCUCAUGUGAUUAAUCUUCAUGAAGUCUAUGAAAAUACCAGUGAAAUCAUUUUGAUAUUGGAGUAUGCUGCAGGUGGAGAAAUUUUCAACUUGUGUUUACCUGAGGUGGCUGAAAUGGUUUCUGAAAAUGACAUUAUCAGACUCAUUAAACAAAUACUUGAAGGAGUAUGUUAUCUACAUCAGAAUAACAUUGUACAUCUUGAUUUAAAGCCACAGAAUAUAUUAUUAAGCAGCAUAUACCCUCUUGGAGACAUAAAAAUUGUAGAUUUUGGAAUGUCUCGAAAAAUAGGGAAUGCAUGUGAACUUCGGGAAAUUAUGGGAACGCCAGAAUACUUAGCUCCAGAAAUCCUGAACUAUGAUCCUAUUACCACAGCGACAGAUAUGUGGAAUAUUGGCAUAAUAGCAUAUAUGCUGUUAACUCAUACAUCUCCAUUUGUGGGAGAAGAUAAUCAAGAAACAUACCUCAAUAUUUCUCAAGUUAAUGUAGAUUAUUCAGAAGAAACAUUUUCAUCAGUUUCACAGCUGGCCACAGACUUUAUUCAGAGUCUUUUAGUAAAAAAUCCAGAGAAAAGACCCACAGCAGAAAUCUGCCUGUCUCAUUCUUGGCUACAGCAGUGGGACUUUGGAAACUUAUUUCACCCUGAAGAAACUUCCACUUCCUCUCAAAGUCAGGAUCAUUCAUUAAGGUCCUCUGAAGACAAAACUUCUAAAUCCUCUUGUAAUGGAACCUGUAGUGAUCGAGAAGACAAAGAGAAUAUUCCAGAGGAUAGCAGCAUGGUUUCCAAAAGAUUUCGCUUUGAUAACUCAUUGCCCAAUCCCCAUGAACUUGUUUCAGAUUUGUUGUGUUAGCACUUUUCUCUUUGACUUAUUGGACUGAAUUUGGAAUUUGAAAUCUACUCCAAUGUGAGAUUGUGGCUUAUAGGUUCAUUUAUGGCAUGUUUAUAUUGUAAAUGCACUUUUGCAUAGAAGAGUUUAGGGAAGUGUUUUAAUGCUAAAUUACUAGUAGUAAGCAUAAUUUUGUUUCCUGUUCUGAAAUAUUAACUCUUGAGAGAAGAAAAUAUUUAAGUAUAUGACAAAAAUAAAGCUAUGCAUGUGAGUUUACAUGUUAAUUGAAGAAUUCAAGUUCAAAUGGAUUUAUCAAAAUAUUUUACAGAUGAGGAAAACAGUGAUUCGAGUUAUAUUAUGGUUGAUAUAAAACUGAACAAAGUGAAGACAGUUGAAUUCAAUAGGUUCUAUAGGUAAGUUCUAUAUAUGCCUCUACUGACAAAAUUUUAUUAAGAUAACAAUGUCAAGUUUAAGCAAGAAUAUUAACUAUUUUUACAGAUGUGGGAUAUUUUAUAUUUGAAAAUAUUUCAAUCACAAAUAUUUUGAAACUGCCUAAGAUUCCCAGGAUAUAUGAUCUGCUGUAUGAGACAGGUCCUUUAACCAGAGCAAAGAGGGAAAUUAGAAACCCAGUUAGGGAUAUUCGAUACAAGUUGGAGCAAAAAAACUCAAAAAACAAACAAACAAACCAGCAUGGUAUCAUUUUUUUAACUCAGAUAUCUUUUGCCCUCUCUCAGCACACUUCAGAUUUAAUGGGACUGAAAGAUGGAGACUUAGAUGGUACACAAGUGUAGAGGAUUUUCAUCUUCCAGAAUUUCUGAAGUAGAAGAUACGUAAGGAAAACUGAAUAUCUCUAUUUUGGAUGGCCAAACAUAUUAAUUGAGUGUAGAAGAAAAUGCUGACUUAUUUUGGCAACUUACAGAAUUGUAGAUGUUUUCUAAGUCUUAGGAUAUAAGUCUUAGAAUAUAAGCCAGUCAUUCAGAGUUCUAAUAGUAUA